AUGGCAAACCACCAAGAUCCAGAUGCUAUGACGCAUGUCGAUACAACUGCCAGCACCCGCCCACCUGGCACAGAACUCCUCUACGACAACACAAGUCAUCUGCAAUAUGUCAAAGACAAACAAGGAAACCACAUCAUCCUUGUGCCCCAGCCUUCUACAACUGACCCAAAUGACCCGCUCAGAUGGUCCAGGGCCAAGAAGUGGAUUGUCUUCCUCAACGGCGUUUUUUACGCCUUUAUGGGAAGUGUCACAGGUCCAAUCAUGGCUGCUGGCAUGAUUCCCUUAACAGAAAGAUUCGGUGUUUCGCUGCAGAAGCUGACGUAUGCGAAUGGUGCUACGUUGAUCUGUCAAGGUGUUGGGAAUAUAUUUUGGAUGCCUUUUGCUAUCAAGUUCGGCAGACGCCCGGUAUAUCUGCUCUCCAAUCUUCUGAUGGGCGUAGCUUGCAUUUGGCUCGGUCUUGCAUCCAACGCCUCAUACACACCUUUCGUUAUCGGUCGAGCGUUUCUGGGCUUAUUCGAAGCACCCAUUGAGUCGAUUGUUCCUACAACUAUAACGGAUACUUUCUUCCUUCAUGAGCGUGGUGCCAUGGUUUCGGCGUAUGGUCUUUCCGUCCUCAGCGGCAAUGAGCUUGGACCUUUGUUCUCAGCUCUAAUUAUCCAGUACCUUGACAUGGCUUGGGCAUUCUACAUUGUAGCCAUGUUCAUUGGUCUCAGUUGCAUUACCAUGUUUUUCUUCAUGACCGAGACAAAGUACACGAAACCUCGUGAUCAAAACACCUUGGAAGCCUCCAAUGAAUGUCAUCCGGAAACAAAGACCUCCUCUCAAAACAUCGAGGAUGUCCGUCGAAGCUCGUGCAACGACUCAGAAUCUCAGUCUUCUCCGCCGAAGGAAAGCUAUCUAAAGGAACUCUUACCAUUCCGUAAGGGUGAUCCUCAAGUUUCUCUCCUCAAGGUAUUCCUUCGACCCUUUGCGCUCAUUUGCUAUCCAACUGUACUAUGGGCCUCUAUGAUCUACGGCGUGUCGCUUGGAUGGAAUGUCAUAAUCGGUUCCACCGUGGCCCAGUUAUUUGGAGAAGCUUACGGGUUUGAUUCCCAAGCACAGGGUCUGAUAUUUCUAUCACUUUUUGUAGGGCCUGUCAUUGGCCUAGGUGUUUUGACUGCUGGGUCGCAGAUUGGUGUUUCUCUGUCAAUGAGCUAUGCUUUGGACUGCCACAAAGAGCUAUCGGUCGAGUUGAUGGUCGUAGUCGCAUCCCUCAAGUCCCUCAUGGCGUGGAUUUGGACAUGGAUUAUUAACGACUGGAUCAUAAGUGAUGGCAUGCUUACAGUUUACAUGACUAUCGCUGCAAUUAAUAUCGCCAUUCACUUGACGACAAUUGGCCUUUACUUGAAAGGCAAGGAUAUUCGAAUUUGGCUCCAUGAGGAGAACUUUCUUAAGAGAUUUAAGCUUGAUUAA